AUGACCUUUUCCAGCAUCAGAAAUGCCACUAAGCAAGAAACUCUUUUAAGUUUCAAGAAUCGUUUGUUACCAUCGAAGUACUCUAUUAAUUUGGAUGUUUCUCCUUUAAAGAAAAAUUAUACAGGUGAGAUUACCAUUGAUCUUAUUUUAAACAAGAAUCUUCCAGAUAGCACUGACUCGGAAGGUUUAACAACUACAUUUACAAUCGUGCUUCAUACUUUAAAGCUUAUUUCAUUGAAAAGUGUACUUUUUCUUGACGGUACUGCAUUUAAAUUAAAGUCAAAAUUGGACACAAAAGCUCAGACAACUGAAUAUUCUUCAGAUGAAAUUAAGUUUGAUGAUGUUCUCUGUGCAACAGAUAUUCCGAAAAUGAAGAUCAAUUUCUUAGGUGUUGUACAUGAGGUUCUCACGUUUGAUCAGCCAACAACAGGUAUUUUUCAAACACAUUACACAAAUCCUAAAACAGGACGUUCCGAUCUUCAUAUUUUGGGUUCACACUGUCAGCCGCAUUUUGGAAGGGAAAUUUUCCCAUGCAUUGACGAAUCUAACUGGAAAGCCAACAUACAGCUUUCUCUUACAAUUGAUGAUAACUACAAAUGCGUAUCAAAUAUGCCCGUCUUGACAGUAGAACCUCAGCUUUCAGAAAAAAAUGGCGACCGAAAAACUAUAAUAUUUGAAGAAUCUCCAAAAAUGUCUGUUGCAGUUUUUAGCUUUGCUCUUGGUGAUCUAGAUAUAUUAGAAACUGAAACCAAAAUGAUAGACAAUGAACAUUUUCCAUUAAGAAUAUUCACACAAGUUGGUGAAAGCUCAAGAGCUCAAUAUGCCCUUGACAUUGUACAGAAGUAUCUUCCUGUUGUUGAAAAUAGGUUUGGCGUUAAAUACCCAAUUCCAAAACUUGAUGUGGUUGCUCUUCCAUUUCUCUUUGAUGGUGCAGUUGAAGACUGGUCCUUAAUUCAGGUGAUCAGCCAACAAAUUCUUUUACCAGGAUGGAAUUCAGAUGAUCCGAAAGAACUUGAAUUGAUUAAAAAGAACAUUAGACUCGUACUUGUUCACGAGAUGAUCCAUAUGUAUAUGGGAGACUAUGUCACUUAUGAUAGCUAUAUUCAUACGUGGUUAAAUGAAUCGUUUGCUACAUUUAUGGCCACAUGCCUUAUUCAGGACAUGGAUGACAAUAAUACUUGGAUUGAUAUGAUCAAUUCAGAAUUAGUCAAAGUUCAAGAUGCACAAAGACGCAAGAAUAUUAAACCGAUUUUUGUGUCCCAUGUUGAUACUUCGAAUAUUAAUAACACGUUUGCACGUGAAGCAUACGAUAAAGGCAUUUGGCUUCUUAGGAUGCUUGGAUUUCUGCUUGAGGAUACAGAUAUAAAAAAUUAUAGUUUUGGCACCCUUUUUAGAAUGGUGGGUGAGUUUAUUAAAGAGAAUGCAUACGGUACAUUCAAGCCUAUUGACCUUUGGAACUUUUUAAAGGAUCAUAAACUCAAUAAAUUCAAGUAUGAUAUAUCUACUAUUAUGUCCUCUUGGAUCCACACAGCGGGAUAUCCGGUUAUUUCUGUUAGCUAUGAUGAAUCCGAACGAGUCGUUGUGGAACAGCAUAGACUUUUAAAUAACGCAUCAGACGCGACUGAUAUUGAAGACAUUCCAUAUCAAAUACCAUUAUUUCUCAAGACGAAGGACGGCAAUCUUGGUAGGCAAAUGCUAACCGAUAGGAAAUUAGUCCUAGACACACAGAAUGUUUUUUUCGUGAAUUACAACGAUGUCGCCUUUGUUACCGUGAAAUAUUCAUUAGAAUUCUACAGAAUGUUAGCAGAGAAUUUAGAAAAAUUGACCGAGGUGGAACUAAUACAACUUUUUGAAGAUAUUGCAGUUUUGCUCAGCACAAACACGAACAAUUCGGAUGUUGCUCUUGGACUUCUUGAAACAGUUAAAGGCAUUAGGAAGAUAAAACACUUUAGUAAAAAAGCACUGAUUAUUGCUGUUACAGAGUUGACGAAUUUGUCUCAAGCCGUCUCAAGCUAUUCUUACUUUAAGGACAAAAACUUAUACCAGAGACUUUUGAAGUUUAUUGAUCAGAUUGAAAGCAGGUGGCUAUCACAGUUGCAAUGGGAUGACCUAUCCUCAAUAGAUGAAACAGAGGCGGAGCUCAGACGUCUAUUAAUGUCAUUGAACUAUCAAAAUGGUACGGCAGCCAAGAUUGCCAAAAAGUUGUAUAAAAAAUUGAUGCAUGGACCGAAGAACUCUAUUCCAAAGGAAUUAUUACUGCCUAUAUUUGCAUUGGUACAAACAAGCGCAUCAAACAAAGAGUUUAAGGAAAUAUUUAAGCUUAUUAAGUCACCGGGCUUGGUUGUUCAAAAUAUAAUCCAGCCUGCAAGUUCAUAUGAUGUUCAAAUAGCGGCGGUGAAUUCUCUUGGCUUUGUGACUGCAAAAUACCUUCGGAACAAGACCUUGAAUUUUGUGAGUACAAAUUUUGAUAUUGCAAUGAUUGAAUUUGCUGUUAUUGGCUUCAGGUUGCAGCCUGACUUUUACGAUGAACUAUGGUCGUGGUUCAAUUUGCAUUUUAGAACAAUAUACAGCAGGGCCGCUAGAGAGAAAGAUGGCAAGUUCACAAAGUUUUUCAACGCUGUCACUGAAAUGAUCUUUGAGAGCUGUCUGCAUGAUGAUCGUUUGUCGGGGGAAGUGACUACCUUUGUUAAAAAGCAGAAUGUCGAACUUGUAAAUAACUGUUUUAACUCUGCGACCGAAAAGUUUGAAAAUAUAAAACUUUUGAAUGGUAGCAAUGAUGAACUUAGGGAAUAUCUUGUUUGA